AUGUCCGAGUCCCAAUUAUCACGACUUCCCUCUUGGCUGAGCCGUUGGCUCGGCUACCGGUCGAUCACUCCGAAGCCUCUUCCGCCGUAUCUCACGUGGCUUUGGUCCUUCAUCGCGGCGUUCUGCGGCCUGUCCGUGAUCCUGGCUCUCUUCAAUUACUCCCAGUAUUUCCUCGACCGAGGUGUACCCACCAUCAUCGCAUCAUUUGGCGCAUCAGCAGUCCUCUGCUUCGGCGUCAUCGACAGCCCCUUAGCGCAGCCCCGAUCUCUCAUUUUCGGGCAUUUCCUCAGCGCUUUGGUCGGAAUAUGCAUCACCAAACUCUUCAGCCUCAUGCCCGAUGAACAGCGCUUCAACUCCCUGCGCUGGCUCGCCGCCUCGCUCUCCUCGUCUGUCGCCAUUGUGGUCAUGCAAGUCACCCAGACCACGCACCCCCCGGCCGGCGCGACGGCGCUGCUUCCUGCUGUCGAUGAGGCUGUCUGGCAGCUGUCCUGGUAUUAUUUGCCGGUGGUGCUCCUCUCGUCGACGUUGCUUAUGGUUGUCGCCAUGCUGCUGAAUAAUAUUCAGCGGAGGUAUCCGGUCUUUUGGAUCGCGCCGGCUGGUAAGCCCGCACUUUUGCCGCAGGUUGUUAAUCCGAAGUAG